AUGGAAGCGCUGACGCUGUGGCUUCUCCCCUGGAUAUGCCAGUGCGUGUCGGUGCGGGCCGACUCCAUCAUCCACAUCGGUGCCAUCUUCGAGGAGAACGCAGCCAAGGACGACAGGGUAUUCCAGCUGGCCGUAUCCGACCUGAGCCUCAACGAUGACAUCCUGCAGAGUGAGAAGAUCACCUACUCUAUCAAGGUCAUCGAGGCCAACAACCCAUUCCAGGCCGUACAGGAAGCCUGUGACCUCAUGACCCAGGGGAUUUUGGCCUUGGUCACCUCCACCGGCUGUGCAUCUGCCAAUGCCCUGCAGUCCCUCACAGACGCCAUGCACAUCCCACACCUCUUUGUCCAGCGCAACCCCGGGGGGUCACCGCGCACUGCCUGCCACCUGAAUCCCAGCCCAGAUGGCGAGGCCUACACGCUGGCCUCGAGACCACCUGUCCGCCUCAACGAUGUCAUGCUCAGGCUGGUGACAGAGCUGCGCUGGCAGAAGUUCAUCAUGUUCUACGACAGCGAGUAUGAUAUCCGUGGGCUCCAAAGCUUUCUGGACCAGGCCUCGCGGCUGGGCCUUGACGUCUCUUUACAAAAGGUGGACAAGAAUAUUAGCCACGUGUUCACCAGCCUCUUCACCACUAUGAAGACGGAGGAGCUGAACCGCUACCGGGACACGCUGCGCCGCGCCAUCCUGCUGCUCAGCCCGCUCGGAGCCCACUCCUUCAUCAAUGAGGCCGUGGAGACCAACCUGGCUUCCAAGGACAGCCACUGGGUCUUUGUGAACGAGGAAAUCAGUGACCCAGAGAUCCUGGAUCUGGUCCACAGUGCCCUUGGCAGGAUGACCGUAGUCCGGCAAAUCUUCCCGUCUGCAAAGGACAACCAGAAGUGCAUGAGAAACAACCACCGAAUCUCCUCCCUGCUCUGUGACCCCCAGGAAGGCUACCUCCAGAUGCUGCAGAUCUCCAACCUCUACCUGUAUGACAGUGUUCUGAUGCUGGCCAACGCCUUCCACAGGAAGCUGGAGGACCGGAAGUGGCACAGCAUGGCCAGCCUCAACUGCAUACGCAAGUCCACCAAGCCAUGGAACGGAGGGAGGUCCAUGCUGGACACGAUCAAAAAGGGCCACAUCACUGGCCUCACAGGGGUGAUGGAGUUUCGGGAGGACAGCUCGAAUCCCUACGUCCAGUUUGAAAUCCUUGGCACAACCUAUAGCGAGACCUUUGGCAAAGACAUGCGCAAGCUGGCAACGUGGGACUCAGAGAAGGGCCUGAAUGGCAGCCUGCAAGAGAGGCCCAUGGGCAGCCGUCUCCAAGGACUGACUCUCAAAGUGGUGACUGUCUUGGAAGAGCCUUUUGUGAUGGUGGCUGAGAACAUCCUUGGACAGCCCAAGCGCUACAAAGGGUUCUCCAUAGACGUCCUGGAUGCACUGGCCAAGGCCCUGGGCUUCAAAUAUGAGAUUUACCAGGCCCCCGAUGGCAGGUACGGUCACCAGCUCCAUAACACCUCCUGGAACGGGAUGAUCGGGGAGCUCAUCAGCAAGAGAGCAGACCUGGCCAUCUCUGCCAUCACCAUCACGCCGGAGAGAGAGAGCGUGGUGGACUUCAGCAAGCGGUACAUGGACUACUCGGUGGGGAUGCUCCUUAAGAAGCCCGAGGAGAAGAUCAGCGUCUUCUCCCUUUUCGCUCCGUUUGACUUUGCGGUGUGGGCCUGCAUUGCGGCGGCCAUCCCUGUGGUUGGCGUGCUGAUAUUUGUGUUGAACCGGAUACAGGCCGUGAGGGCUCAGAGUGCUGCCCAGCCCCGACCGUCCGCGUCUGCCACCCUGCACAGCGCCAUCUGGAUCGUUUACGGAGCCUUCGUUCAGCAAGGUGGCGAAUCUUCCGUGAACUCGGUGGCCAUGCGCAUCGUGAUGGGCAGCUGGUGGCUCUUCACCCUCAUCGUGUGCUCCUCCUACACGGCCAACCUUGCUGCCUUCCUCACAGUGUCCAGGAUGGAUAAUCCCGUAAGGACAUUCCAGGACCUGUCCAAACAAGUGGAGAUGUCUUAUGGCACCGUCCGGGAUUCUGCAGUGUACGAGUACUUCCGAGCCAAGGGCACCAACCCCCUGGAGCAGGACAGCACGUUUGCCGAGCUCUGGCGGACCAUCAGCAAGAACGGAGGUGCUGACAACUGUGUGUCCAGUCCUUCAGAAGGCAUCAGGAAGGCAAAGAAGGGGAACUAUGCCUUUCUGUGGGACGUGGCCGUGGUGGAGUAUGCAGCCCUGACGGACGACGACUGCUCAGUGACUGUCAUCGGCAACAGCAUCAGCAGCAAGGGCUAUGGGAUUGCCCUGCAACAUGGCAGCCCCUACAGGGACCUCUUCUCCCAGAGGAUCCUGGAGCUGCAGGACACAGGGGACCUGGAUGUUCUCAAGCAGAAGUGGUGGCCGCACAUGGGACGCUGCGACCUCACCAGCCACACCAGUGCCCAGGCCGACGGCAAAUCCCUCAAGCUGCACAGCUUUGCUGGGGUCUUCUGCAUCCUGGCCAUUGGCCUCCUGCUGGCCUGCCUGGUGGCUGCCCUGGAGUUGUGGUGGAACAGCAACCGGUGCCACCAGGAGACCCCCAAAGAGGACAAAGAAGUGAACCUGGAGCAGGUCCACCGGCGUAUGAACAGCCUAAUGGACGAAGACAUUGCUCACAAGCAGAUCUCCCCAGCGUCGAUUGAGCUCUCGGCCCUGGAGAUGGGGGGCCUGGCUCCCACACAGGCGCUGGAGCCAGCGCGGGAGUACCAGAACACCCAGCUGUCAGUCAGCACCUUCCUGCCGGAGCAAAGCAGCCACAGCACGAGCCGGACACUCUCUGCAGGGCCCGGGAGCAACCUGCCACUGCCACUGAGCAGCUCAGCCACCAUGCCCUCCAUGCAGUGCAAACACAGGUCGCCCAACGGGGGGCUGUUCCGACAGAGCCCUGUGAAGACCCCCAUCCCCAUGUCCUUCCAGCCUGUGCCUGGAGGCGUCCUCCCAGAGGCCCUGGACACCUCCCAUGGCACCUCCAUCUGA